GUCCGCAUCUUCUGUCGCGUUAGCAUGCGCCCUCGACUAGCAGUUAGCCGGCUCCCUACAAGUAAACAAGGAUGCGUCCCUCCUCCCCAAUAACAAGGACCUUUCGGUGGCACGGUGCUUUUCUCUGUCUGCUACCGGUGUGGUUGCUGGGAAAUCAAAAAUGACCAGUCCAACAAUAUUGAAAAUACAUCCGCUGUCAACUCAGUUGAAAAUGAUGCUAUUUUGACGCGUAAGCGCACUGUUUUAUUUUUUUUAAUUAUUAUUAGGCGCUAGCUAGCUAGCGACAUGGCUAGGCGCUUUGCUGCAGUGAUGGUGUUUUUAAUGUUUUAAGUGAAGCUCGUGUAGUGGAAGUUAUUCAUAAAUAUGUCAACCUUUUGUUGAAAAUACGCAGUAUUUAUUUUUUUCUUUUUGAUGACCGUACCGAAUGUGUCAAUUUUUACAAGAGUAAAUCUGAGUUUGUCUUUGUAUUUUUAAUGCCAUCCUAAUCCGUUAUUUGCAAUAACGUUAGCUAGAUAAUCUCUCUGUCCCGUUAGCCGUUUUAGCUGCCACUGUUGUCCGGGCACUGGUAGUUUUGUUACCAGGCAGACGGAGCCGUUUCCGAGUCAAAUAACAGUAGACUUUGCGGAGGACACCAACCGACUGUCCGAGCAGGUGUCUCUUCGACCCCCACUGCGCAGUCCGCCAGCUGACUCUUGUGUUCUGACCCUUACGCUGCGAUGUUUUGAUAGAGGACAGCUCGGGACCAGCGGCACCGUACAGUUGGAGCGGGUGGAUGUUUGAGUUAGGAGAUGCCGCAGCGGCCGCGAGGACCCCUGAAAUCAGCUGUGACCACGCGGUGAGCGAGAUAAAGAGACGCUUCUCUCGAGAGGGAGAUAAAGACAGUCAGGCCUCGCUCGCUCGUGCUGCUCAGGGACUGCUGCAUUGUUGCCGCGUGGUGUUAAUUCUCUGGCGACAUCACCGAGAAAACGAGCUGUCAAGCAAAGAGUGGUUUCUUUUCUACCCCCUUCACUGACACCCAACUCUGUCCCGGUUGUCAUGGAGCCGUGUGCGCGUGGCGGCGGCGGCGGCAGCACGUUGCAGCAGCUGCGCGAGGAUGCGGCACUCGCGCUCGCUCUCACUCACACGCACACCACCCUGAAGUCCAAGAGUCUCCCGGCCCUGAACGAGAGCGGCAGCGCCCAGCGCGCCGACCCACCGAGCUCCGAUACGACUGCUCCGGCUCCCGCGCCCGCGCCAGAGACCUCCCCCUCAGACUGCAGCCUGGUGGGCCUGAGCGGCUCACCCACACACCCCCCCGCCGCCACCAGCGCGCACACACACACACACACACACACACACACUCAGUCCCUCAGCAGCGCGUGGUGGGGAGCGUUGGCGGAGCGCCGGCGCCGGAUGUGGCACACUUUCGCCUCGGACGCGCGCUGCUUCCUGGUGUGCAUGAGCUACCUGACGCUGGUCCAGUCUCUGCUGGUGUCGGGCUACCUGAGCAGCGUCGUCACGACGAUGGAGCGCCGCUUCCGGCUGCGCAGCGCGGAGUCCGGCCUGCUGGUCAGCUGCUUCGACUGCGGCAGCCUGCUGGUCGUCGUCUUCAUCAGCUACUUCGGGGGGCGUGGCCACAGGCCGCGCUGGCUGGCGGCGGGGGCGGUCCUCAUCGCGCUGGGCGCCGCCCUCUUCACCCUGCCGCACUUCCUGGCGCCGGCCUAUCAGCUGGAGGAGCAGGGCAACAGCUCCGCCCUGGGGGAGGGGCUCUGCGAGGCGGCCGGGUCCGACACACACUCCGUCACACACACACACACGGCUCUGCAGUCCGCCGAGGCCAACGGCAGCAGCGGCGGCGUUGUGGGCGUGGCCAGGGGAGCUAGGGCGCAGGUGUGCCGGCGGGAUUGGGAGGGGCGGGAGCACAAGCUCUACGUGACGUUAUUCGUCGUUGCUCAGCUGCUGGUGGGCAUGGGGUCCACCCCCAUCUACACGCUCGGCCCCACCUACCUGGACGACAACGUCAAGAAGGAGAACGCCUCACUCUACCUGGCUAUCAUGUAUGUGAUGGGGGCCCUGGGGCCAGCUGCUGGCUAUCUGCUGGGAGGAGUCAUGAUCGGCUACUACGUCCACCCCUACACACACGUCACCAUCGACCAGAACGACCCGCGCUUCAUAGGCAACUGGUGGAGUGGGUUCCUGAUGUGUUCGGUUGCCAUGGCGCUGGUUAUCGUGCCGAUGCUGGCCUUCCCUCAGAAGCUGCCCCCCCGCCACAAGCGCCGCCGCAAGAAGCAGGCCCUGCACGCCGCGCACGAUGAUGAUGUCAUGAAGGAGAAGAAGCAGGGCCAGCAGACCUCAAUGGGCUUCGGCAAGGACCUAAAAGGUGUCUCCCCGAGGGCUUUGUUCGUGAUCCUGAGCAACGUGACGUUCCUCUUCAUGAGCCUGUCGUACACGGCCGAGUGCGCCAUCGUCACCGCCUUCAUCACCUUCAUCCCCAAGUUCAUCGAGUCGCAGUUCAGCAUCCCUGCAUCCAGUGCCAGCAUCUACACUGGUACGAUCAUCGCGUCUAGUGCGAUGCGGCACCGCGGCUGGGCUGGCUACAUCAUUAAGCGUCUGAAGCUGGGUGAGCGGGAGAGUGCUCAGCUGGCGCUGGUCUGCAGCGGUGUGUCCCUCCUCUGCUUUUCCACCCUGUUCAUCACCGGCUGCGACAGCAUCAACCUGGGGGGCAUCAACAUCCCCUACACACAGGGUCCGUCUCUGUCUCUGUCUCAGCGGAACUUGACGGCGGGCUGCAACGUGGCGUGUGGCUGCGUGACGUACGACUACGCACCCGUCUGCGGCUCCGACGGCAUCACCUACUUCAACCCCUGCCUGGCAGGGUGCAGCAGCGUCGCCAACGACAGCUCCGGGGUGAGGAACUACUCGGACUGUGCGUGUGUUCAGAGUCGUCAGGUGAGCACGGCGCGCGGCGGUGUCCAUGGUAACGGACUGUCGGUGGUGAUCGUGGAGACGUACCUGCGGGGGAAGGGCUGGGCGCGGGAGGGGCGGUGCCAACGCACCUGCGGAACUCUGCUGCCCUUCCUCAGCUUCCUCUUCAUCGUCACCUUCAUCACCGCCUGCGCUCAGCCCGCCGCCAUCAUAGUCACGCUCAGGUCUGUGGAUGAACAGGAGCGUCCCUUUGCACUGGGGAUGCAGUUUGUUCUUCUGCGCACGCUUGCCUACAUCCCGACACCCAUCUACUUCGGUGCGGUGAUUGACACGGCGUGUAUGCUGUGGCAGCAGCAGUGUGCGGCGCUGGGCUCGUGCUGGGAGUAUGACGUCACUUCCCUUCGCUUCGUCUACUUCGGCCUGGCGGCCAGCCUCAAGCUCGUGGCCUUUCUGUUCAUCCUGCUGACCUGGCUGUCCAUCAAGCGCCGCGAGGAGCGCCUAGGCCGCUGCCAUGGCAACCUGGACGCGCUGGACACGGUCAGCGAGCUGCUGGUGGUCCACCGCGGGGGCGGCGGAGGGGCCGGGGUCAAAGGUCACGCGCGCACACGCUCCUGCCCACCCUUCCUCCUGCGCAUGGACCACCACCCGGUCGCCGUGGCUACGGGACAGGUCAUCUGUGGCCGCAGCGGCACUAGUUGCCACGGAAACGGACUGAAGGCUACGGCCCCGUCCACCCGGCCAGGAGAGAAGGCCUAAUGCGCGCACACGCACACACACAUAAACACGCACACACUAGCACACAAUCACACACACAUAAACACGCACACACUAGCACACAAGCACACACACAUAAACACACACACACAUAA